CAGGAAGCACCCUAGCAGCAGCGGCGGGAGCACCCGAGAGUCAGUUCCAGGAUGGCUCCUGGAGGCGCCCUGCCCAAGAGAUACGUCAUUCCACAGGAGCCCGAUGUUUGUGCCAUCUGCUGUGAUCUCCUCACGAGCCACGGAGGGACAAAGUGUGACAUCGCCCGCUUCAAGUGCAACCACUACUUCUGCUGGCAGGUAGCUAGGCAGCCUGAGGAGGCAGGCAGAAAAUGACAGGGAGCUUGCUGAGCGACAUGUACGGUUGUAUGUGUUUGCAGUGUCUCAAGGGCGAAGCGCAGGCGUUCUUUCAGGAGAACGGCAGCCAUUCUCGCGGCACCAUGUACCAGGGCGGACGUAUGAUGCUGUUGCAGUGCCCCACAUGCCGACAGGUAGUCGAGAAAGACGGCCGCCAGACGCACUCCAAUCGAACGUGCACUGGACUGGUUGGCUGUUUGUCUGUCUGUCUGCCUGUAUCUCCGUGUGCAGCCUGUCAAACUGGUCGAGCGGAUCCAGAGGCCGUCAGCCUCCUUCACCCCACAGCCCGAUCGAUUCGGCGGGCCACUGCGGGAUGUGACGGUCAAGGAUGCCGACGGCGAGGCCACAUGGGUGGCGAGCUACUACGCGCCUCGGGCUCUCAAGGACGGCUGUGUGGACGUCCGCGACUCCAUGACCGAAUCGGAGGCCAGGAUGGCCAUCUUCAUGCUGCAGGCGUCGAGUCAGGUGACUCGCAAAUCACUGCCUGAGGCCUGGAGCCGCCUGCGGGUGACCACCGGACGGGCCAGGCGGCAUUCAAGGCAUUCAUGUGGGACUGGGAGGCCGAGUGGACCCGGGCGACUGUGAGAAUCAACAACGCCAACAUGGACGCCCACCAGGAGCAUCUCAACCGCCUCACCGGGCGGGGCAACGGGUGAGUGAAAUGGUGACAGACAAGAGUGAACGGCCGAGAGAGAAGUGGAUAUGCCUGUUUCCCCGCUGUACCUGCACUGCAGGUCUGGCCCCUCGUUCACUGUUGGCAAUUUCGUUUGGGUGGCUGGGCUGCCCGACCACGAACUGAAUGGACUGGAGGGCACUGUGGUGGCCGUCCUCCCGCCCAACACACGCGACAACAGGACGGACGUAACCGGGUUAGACGGACAGCACACGUGAGAGGGAUACAGGGAAUCUGUACUCAUCUCUCUCUCUCUCUCUCUCUGUGUGUGUGUGUGUGUGUGUGUGUCUGUGUGGUGUGCGUGUAGUUAUCAAGUAGCGCUGGACAUUGGCCCCACGCUGGCCGCGCGGGGCGAGAAUCUCCGCCUCAUCAACAAGAUGACCGAUGAAGAGCUCCUCAGCUUCGCCAUCGCGAGCCUGGGAGGCCCCGGACUGCCCAUGGCGCCUCGGUGACCGCCAGGGCGGGCAUGCAGCUGCAGCAGUCGCGAUCCAUGGAGUAGGCACCGCGCGAAAGGCAGUGAUACGUAUGGAUCAUGUAUAGGUGGAUCUAUGUGUAUCUGUCUGUCUACAUACGUACGUCUAUGUAUGAGUUUAUGUCUUCGGUCUCUAUUCUCGCUGUCGUUUUGUGAUAUCAUCCUAUCAUCCACUUGCUGGGUUCUUCCAAUGACUAGAUGAGGCGCGGACCAUGUGUGUGUGUGCGUGUAAUGGGAUGAAUGAGUAGAUCGACUUCAAUCAGACAAUUCAAUCAAUGAUAUAUAUGUCA